AAAACCCUAGCUCAGGGUUUAAAGGCCAACCCUGCAACAAAAUCAAAGUUCACUACAAAUUCCUUGUUUCUUGAUUUUAGUCAUUUCCCAGCUGCGAAAAAAUGCCUUCCAAGAAAAAGAACUCAAAAACACCAUUAAAACCCUCCAAUUCCGAUGGAAGACACAACGAUUUAUCUUCACCAUCAGCUGCUUCUUCUUCAGUCUCAUCGCCGUUCACGCCGCCGAGCAACGAACAGCUGCUGACGUCCCUUGAUGAGGCUGCAGAAAAAUACCCAUCUCUCAUUUCCCGAGCUGCUUUUAUUGGCAAUGUUCUGGACGACGUCGUACCAGACUCCAGAAGCUGCAGAGUUUGGCUUUCCGAGCCCGCCAUGGUUUCGUCUUCCAUUGCCCCCGGCUCCCUUGUCUCGGUCUCCCUUUCUGCUUGGGACAAAGCUGUGAAUGGGUUUCCUUUGAGUUCUCUGUCCAAUGAGUGUGCGAGACGCUUUGGGUUUGAAUUGGCAGAUGAUUCGGGCGAUGAACCUGGAAUUUUUUUUGCCCUGGCUACAGUGUUCCCAUCUUGUAAGGUCUUGAAGAAUGGGGUGCGCUUGUCCUUGAACCUCUCAUAUAGUAUGGGUUCUCCAGCUUCAGGCAGGACCAUUUUCGUUAAUCCUCUUAAGUGUCUCCCCUCAACCGAAUCUCGAAAUAAUAAGCAGAAUGGUCUCUUAACUACUUGUAUAUCAUUAGAGAACUGCAAGGAGUUGUAUCUAUAUCCUGUUUGUUUGAAGGGUAAAGUAGAAAUGGAGGAUGCUGGCAGGUUGCCUCACGACUCAUCCCCAAGGACACCAUCUCUUUCGGACUCUACAGUCAACUCUCCUCGUUCAACACAGUCUCGUAUGUCAAAUCACGACAAGUCCUCAUCAAAGACGAUAUUAAUGCCUCAUGCAUCGAUGACCAUAUUUUUUGACAUGGAGGAAGUUAUUCGGGACGAGUCUUCGCGGAAGCUUCUAGAAACCUGCACAGCUUCAUGGUUAAAUUCACGACGGUUACUCCCGGGAAAUUUGGUUGUAGUCCCAGUACUUUCAGGGCUAUGUGUUUUCCGGGUUGUAAAUACCAAACGAGCAUUGCCAAAUAGUGAAUUUUCGAGUAGUGAGAAUCAUGAUAGUCCUGCUGUAGAUCAAGAUAUAGGAAAAGAUGUGGUGGCUGCUUUCCUUCUGGAAUGGGGUACAAAAGUUCGUUUUCUUCUACCCGGAAAUUCCAUGGUUGAAGCUUCUGUGAAGAGUUCAACGGUAAAUCCAGAUCUUGGGCAAGCAUCCUACAAAUAUGGUUCGGGAGUUGUGUAUUCAAAGUUGGGGGGUCUUUCUAAAGAAUUUGCAGUUUUAAGAGAUAUUAUAGUUUCAUCAGCUGUGCAAUCUACAGUUGCAAGCUUGGGUUUACGACCCACAAAAGGGGUGCUUCUUCAUGGACCACCAGGAACUGGGAAGACCACUUUGGCUCGAGUUUGUGUUCAUGAAGCUGGUGUUAACAUGUUUUCCAUAAAUGGGCCUGAGAUCAUUAGUCAAUACCAUGGAGAAACCGAGCAAGCAUUGAAUGAAGUAUUCGAGAAUGCUAGCAAGGCUUUGCCUGCUGUGGUUUUCAUAGAUGAGUUGGAUGCCAUUGCACCCGCCCGUAAAGAUGGAGGAGACGAGCUGUCUCAGAGAAUGGUGGCCACUCUCUUAAAUUUAAUGGAUGGAAUAAGUAGAAAAGAUGGUUUACUUAUUAUUGCUGCUACAAACCGACCAGACAGUAUUGAGCCUGCUCUUAGACGGCCUGGAAGACUCGACCGUGAAAUAGAAAUAGGUGUUCCAUCUUCACAGCAACGUUACGAAAUACUACUUGCACUUCUUAAUGAAAUGGAGCAUUCACUUUCGGACAAAAAUAUUCAAGAUCUUGCUAUGGCCACACACGGUUUUGUUGGAGCCGAUUUAGCUGCACUGUGCAAUGAGGCUGCCUUGAUGCGUCUUAGGCAGUAUGUGAAAUCAAAUAUUAUUAUUAGUUACUGUGAUUCAGAUUUCGAAUUCCAGAUGACUGCAGUUGAUUCGGUUUGUCAAUCUGUAAAGAAUACACUAGAUUUUGACUCGGAUGGUGACUCCGAGUAUCCUCGAAAUUUAGGAGAUUAUCCGAAGGCUAAUCUGGAAGCUGCUUUUUCAUGCACUUCAGACACGCAAAACUCAUCGGACGAGUUGAGAGUUACUUCUGAUGACUUUGAGAAGGCUAAAAUUAGAGUGAGGCCAAGUGCCAUGAGAGAGGUAAUUCUUGAAAUCCCUAAAGUUAGCUGGGACGAUGUGGGUGGUCAAGAGGAGGUUAAGUUACAGCUAAUGGAAGCCGUUUUAUGGCCUCAAAAGCACAAGGAAGCUUUCGAGCGUGUAGGGACCCGUCCCCCAACCGGAAUAUUGCUGUUUGGUCCUCCGGGUUGCAGCAAAACUCUUUUGGCCCGAGCAGUGGCCUCAGAAGCUGGGCUGAACUUCCUUGCAGUAAAAGGUCCCGAGCUUUUCAGCAAAUGGGUUGGUGAAUCUGAAAAGGCAGUCCGUUCUCUGUUCGCUAAAGCGAGGGCCAAUGCUCCCUCAAUUGUAUUUUUCGACGAGAUUGAUGGUCUGGCUGUAAUUCGUGGGAAAGAAAGUGACGGGAUUUCGGUUGGUGAUCGGGUGAUUAGUCAGCUUCUUGUCGAAUUGGACGGUAAUUUAUGGAUAAUUGCAAAAUUGCCCCUGGGAUUUGAGGAGUUUCCUAAAAACCCCAGGAGAAGUAUCGAGUUUGUAGAAUUUAAGGCGAAAAAUCUUAUCUUGAGAGGUUUGCAACAAAGAGGAAGUGUGACUGUUAUAGCUGCUACAAAUCGGCCAGAUAAAAUCGAUCCUGCUCUUCUCAGGCCAGGGCGUUUUGAUCGAUUGCUUUACGUGGGACCACCGAGUAGAAAAGACAGGGAAGCUAUAUUCCGCGUGCAUCUGCACCGAAUGCCGUGUACUUCUGAAGUGUGCAUUAGUGAGCUCUCUCUUCUUACCGAAGGGUGCACAGGUGCCGAUAUAUCUCUUAUAUGCCGUGAAGCAGCCAUUGCAGCUAUUGAAGAGAACUUAUCUGCCUCAGAAAUCACAAUGGAACACUUGAGAGUUGGAAUCAAGAAAGUGCAGCCAUCUAAUGUUGGGUCAUAUGAAAAGUUGUCGGAAAAAUUUCAGAGGCUCGUGCACUCGACUGCUAAGGAAGACGAUUCGGAAUUUGAACUUUGCUCGAGCAAACCAAGUCAUAUAGCUCUUUGGACUCGACUAAGAUCUGCCGUGAGUUCCCUUUUUCGUCUCCCGGGGUUCAUUUUAAAACCGCGUUCUUCAUGAAAAUAUAUGUGAGUGCUAAAUUUUUGCCAAAGAAAUUGUACAGAAUACUACAGAAUCUGUAGGAAUUGAUCAUUUUCUAUGCCAGUCCUUUAAUAGUUUUAUGAAAUCAUCAAAUUUCUGACAUCGUCUGAUGUUUUUUUUGAAAAA